AUGGGUAUUUGUGAACAAUGUGGAUAUCAUUUGAAAAUGAGUAGUUCAGAUAGAAUCGCACUUCAGAUUGAUCCUGGUACUUGGAAUCCUAUGGAUGAAGGUAUGGUCUCUAUGGAUCCUAUCGAAUUUCAUUCGGAGGAGGAAGCUUAUAAAGAUCGUAUUGAUUCUUAUCACAUAAAUACAUGUUUAACUGAAGCUGUUCAAACAGGUAUAGGUCAACUAAACGGAAUUCCUAUAGCAAUUGGUGUUAUGGAUUUUCAGUUUAUGGGAGGCAAUAUUCAGUCUAUUAGAAUAGAACUUAAAGAAGGUAUUUAUACUCGCCGUGUUCUUUAUUUGGAAAUCAGAGGACAAGGAGCCAUUCCUUUAACUCGUACUGAUGAGAAUUUGACUCCACGAGAAAUGGAACAAAAGGCGGCUGAAUUGGCCUAUUUCUUACGUGUACCAAUUGAAGGAUUUUGA